CACACACACACACACACACACACACACACACACACACACACACACACCUGACAGCAAAGCAAUCACACUCUUUUCAACAAUUGUCCCGGGAGAAGUCGCGCGACCUUCUUCCUACAACGUUGGCUGGUGAAGAUGUGCUGCUAUUUCCAAAGAAAAAGCCUGUUCAAAUGUUCAUCGACAUACAAACAACUUAUGUAAUAGUUAAGCUGGUUUCAAGGAAUCAUUGACCAAAAAGUAUCAUCAAUUUGCAUAUAAUUUGUUGACUCAAAUUGCGGUCAAAUACAAGUCUUUCUAAACCAAAAUAAGAGCGUGUGCUAAGACAUGGCGGACUCCAACAUCAGCUAUACAGAGGUGCUGGAGAGUCUCCCAGCAGGCAAGUUGGAUCAUUACAUGGACAGCUAUGAUUUGGACUAUGGUAUACCUCCUGAUGAGAUCCCAGACACGACGCAGGGUCAGGCCUUCUUCGUGGCCACCAUUGUUAUCGGCGUGGUGCUUGUCUGCAUCAUGCUUGUCUGUGGGUUUGGAAACUUCAUAUUCAUUGCCACACUGACGCGCUACAAAAAGCUCCGCAACCUCACCAACCUGCUCAUCGCCAACCUGGCCAUCUCAGACUUUAUUGUGGCGGUGGUGUGCUGCCCGUUCCUGGUGGACUACUACGUGGUGAAACAGCUUUCCUGGGGUCACGGAUUAGUGUUGUGCGCCUCUGUCAACUAUCUCCGGACGGUGUCACUCUAUGUGUCCACAAACGCAUUGCUUGCCAUUGCAGUUGACAGGUACAUGGCUAUAGUCCAUCCUCUGAGGCCUCGCAUGAAGUACCAAACCGCCUACUGCCUGAUUACAGGAGUCUGGAUUGUCCCCAUUCUGAUAUCAAUUCCCUCUGCCUACUUUGCCUCUGAGACCAUGUACCCUCAUGGCGGCACCAACCCAAUCACACACAAAGUCUUCUGUGCCCAGAUCUGGCCUGUUGACCACCAGGUCUACUACCGGUCAUACUUCCUUUUCAUCUUUGCUGUUGAGUUUGUUGGGCCUGUCAUCGUCAUGGCACUGUGUUACACCCGAAUUUCCCGCGAGCUCUGGUUCAAGAAUGUUCCCGGUUUCCAGACGGAGCAGAUUAGGAAGCGGUUGCGUUGUCGCCGCAAGACGGUGAUGGUCCUGAUCGGGAUCUUGACGGCGUACAUCCUGUGCUGGGCACCGUACUACGGCUUCACCAUCCUACGAGAUUUCCAUCCGACGCUCAUCUCCCGCCAGAAGAACUCACUGGUGGCCUUCUACAUCAUCGAAUGCAUUGCCAUGAGCAACAGCAUGAUCAAUACCUUCUGUUUUGUCAGCGUCAAGAACAACACGGUGAAGUACCUGAAGAAGAUUGUACUGAUGCGCUGGAGGUCAACGUAUGCCCCCAGUAAGACUGUGGAUGAGAUGGAUAUUAGGACCUCCUCCAUGCCUGUAACAGAGGAGAUUGAAUGCAUUCACUUGAGCUGAAGAGAAGAAAGUCUUUAACAUAGCAGUCAUUUGGUUGUGGGCUGUUGAUAUAAAGAAACUACAUGGUUGACAGUGAUGCUUUUAACAUGGACUAUUUCUCUUGUAUUCAGAUCACAUUUUAGAACGGUCAAACCCAGACAGUAGAGUACACUGAUUAAUGAGUCAACAUGGCACAAACUUGGUUACCCAGCAGAACAUUUGAGGUAUUAUGGGAAUGCGAUUGUUGUGCCCACUGUGACUAUACUGUGUUAUUUGUAAAUGUUGUAGCAUGUGUAUAGUACAUAUUACAUGUAAGACUUGUAAAACAGCUACUACUGCCCUUACCAACAUGUUGUCAUCCCAAAUGUCACAUACUGAUGCUUUGUCAGACUAAUUGGUGCAAAUUUCUAUCGCACGGGGUGACAGCGCACAGUCGCAGGAAACAAACAAACGACGAAAAACAUUAUGGUUGGGUAUAAAAUAAGGAUAUAACAUAAAUACAUAAGAUAUGUCACAAAUAUUACAAAUGUAACUUAAUAAUAACUCAACACUGAUCUCAAACACCAUGUUUGUUUGACUAACCCACCCCUACCAGACUUUACACUUUGUCUAAAAAGGUGGCCGAUGGGUUGACGUGGUCUUUACUUGAAAGCCUGAAGCGUUGAUACAAACGCUGAAGGGUGCCUCGUGCGUCGGUAUCAGAUGCCGAGGUGCGUGACUAAGGAAAGGGAAUGGGAAAGGGAAUGACAACUGUCUGAUGUAAGAUGAUACAUAAGUACCUGGGGUUAAUCUUUAAAAUGAUGUACAGUAUGUGUUUCUAUUUGUUUUGAUUAAAUGGUCAAAUAACUUGUGUUACAACAAAAAAAAAGCAUUUCAUUGACCAGUGCUUUUGUAUUUCAAGUUUUGUUUGUUUUUAUUUUUCCUUUAAAAAAUAUAUAUGUAUUCAGGAUUUCUCAUUUUGGGGAAUGUGAAACAUUGGGAAGAAUAAGUGGUAAAACAAUAAAUACGUAAUACAAUAUGUUUUUCGAAUGUCUUGAAAAGAAAAUGUAUUUUCUUCAAUGUUAUUAAUUGAUACACUGUAUGCUUUCUUUGUAGAUGAAUUGACUUUAUGUGUAUUUACUGUAAUAAACAAUGAAACAACUGAAAUUAAA